AUGUCGAUCACCGCCGUCGACUAUAUCCGAACCCAGGAGGAUUUGGAACGGCAGGCCAAGGAGCUCAUGCCCUAUGCUCCCGACGAGUGUACGUUUGCCAAAGGUCAGUUGAGACAGCCAGUGUUUGCCUGUGUCACCUGUGGUUCUGACGAUACUCCCGUGGGUGUAUGCUAUCUGUGCUCGAUUCAGUGCCACGCUGACCACGAAAUCGUCGAGUUAUUCGCUAAACGGCAGUUUGUGUGUGACUGUGGAACGACAAAGACUCCGAAGGCGUGUGUUCUUCGCCAACGAGGGAAGGACACUGGGGAACAAGUGUUGCGGCCUCGUACGGGGUCAAUCGACGCUUCUACACUGAGCAAACCGUUUCGGGAGGUGGAGAUUGGGGCCGGAGAAGACGUUCCGGCUCUGUCAAACCAAUAUAACCAUAAUUUUAGUGGUACCUUUUGUGACUGUCGACAACCUUAUGAUCCCGAUGAUGGCAAUAUGAUCCAGUGUUUUUGUGGCGAAGAGUGUGGCGAAGACUGGUACCACGAAGAGUGUAUUUUGGGGUUUAAACAGGGCCUUUUCCGACAACUGAAAUCUAAAAAUGCUAAUACUGAAGACGAUGAUGAUGUUAGUCAAGUUCCCCAUUUCCCCAAGUACAGUGAUUUUGACGCGUUCAUUUGUUGGAAGUGUGUGGCUGCCUUCCCCCUGCUUCUCGAGCUUCGUGACGUGGCUCUAGCGUUUGAAAAACCCCAUCGCCCUGCUCAGCUGGUUCUGGAAUGGCUCGGUGAAGGUGACGUCAGCGGUAAACGUCGCAAGCGGAAUGACGACGUAAACUUCUUUCUUAAACCAGGAUUUCGAAGUGAACUUGAAAAGGUGGUGGAAACUAAACCUGAUACAGGAUUAGCAAAAUUCCUCAAAAUCAGACGCCAUUUGUUUGAGGCUGAUCCGGUUUAUGAACCGCCUAAUGAUGACGAUGAGGGCGACGUGGUGGAUAUGGGUACCGAAGCAUUACAAUCACUCCCCAAGGAACAAGCACUUAAAGGGUUGGAGGCAUACGCCACAAUGAGAGAGAAACUCAAAAGCUUUUUGACUCCGUUUGCUACUAACGGCGAAGUGGUGACGGCAGAUAACGUUAAGGAGUUCUUCUCCAAAAUUUCUGAGCCUAAACCAACCCCAUGA